UCAAGGCCUCACAGCCGACUCAAAUGGGUUAGAUCCAGACCUGCUCUCGCUCAUCCGCAUGGUCUUCCGCAGCUGAGACUCAAAGCCGAGAAAUACCUUGAGAGAGGGAGGCAGGCAGCAUGGAGGCACGAAGAGGGCGUGUGUGUGCGUACACAUAUAUCGGUGUCUGCUCAUAUGUAUGUGCCGUCCCCUCACCUCUCACCUCUUUAUGUGCAGGUGUUCUGACCGAGUGCCCGCCCCUGUCGGAGAGCCCACUCUCCAGCCCGUCCUGAUCGUCGAAUGCGUCUACAUCCGACAUGGCUGUAGUGUCGGGCCCCGGCUUGCCCGCCCAGGCCCCAUCCUGCUUCAUAUGCAACCCAGGCACCACACGAGUCUGGCUGGCAUUGGCAUGGGCAGUCAGCCUCCCGCCCGUCGUUGAGUCGUCCCCUCGACGAGACGAAGUGAACUUAAUGUCGCUAGACGAGGCACUGGGGCUCUCAGUUGUUCCGCGAUGAUGCGGUCUUGGUCGUCUGCCGGGCCGCGGGGACUCGUAGCCGUCGUCGCUCUCGAUGGUACCUCUUGAGAAAGGGUCGCUCUCAUUGCCCAAGUCGGACCGCACCGACAACUUGGGAUUUAUCUACAUGCCAAGAAAGUUUACGAAGCAAGCCACAAAAUCAACCGACAACAAAGUGUGGAUGGGAUGCGUCACUCACGAGAAGGGGUGACUGCUCCCUGCGGAAGUACAUACCUUGUUUCUCCGGGGCCGGGGUGAGAUGUCGUCGUCGGUUAUUGACCCAGUGAGAGGGUUCCGUCUCUGCCCCUCCAUGCCCCUGAGGUUGGGCAGGGAGUUAAACAUGUUCAGCCAUUUGGACGCCGUCUUGCCAAGAAGACCCUGGGGGUGCCUCCGGUCGAAGUAGCGCUGCGGGUGCCUUGACCCGUACCACCACGUUAUGGGCACGAUCAGCAGCAGAUAGAUGAACAUCAAAGCGCCUGCAUGGGAGAGGAGAGAGCAGCGAGACGCACGUGUGCCGUUUGUCGCUGCUUCUCAUAUGCGCACGGACCGACCCGACCCACCUGUGGCGGCCCUGGCAUCAGUGGCGUUUAUGUCGGAAGGAGGCUGUGGACAGACAGCACUCAGUGCGAAAAGAAGGAGACAAAUGCAGAGCAAGCGCAUUCGAGUGAGCUAUUCCCCGCCUGAUUACCAACGCGAAUGUAUAGAAGAGGCCAAUUAAGGUGACAAUGUGCAGCAACAGCACCUGACGAUGAGAGACACAACACUCGCGCCGUACCACACUUCCGUGAGCGUACGUAUCUGUCUCUGUGUGUAUCUGUCUGUGUCUCUCUCAGUCACUCACCGUGAGUGCGAUAUCCAGUUUGCUAUUCGCAGAUCGUCUCCAAGGCGCAAACGACAUCUGACCGAGUACGUGCGAAGGAGAGACAUGCUCUUGCACACAGACAUCCGGGCGUCUUAGUGCCUGUCAUGUCCCACCGUGGCAAAUGCACUGCAGAGCAGAACCAACAAAUGGAAAGUAAGUACGGCAGGAGUGUGAAUGUGAACAUGAAUCAUCAUUAUCGUUCUAAGCUUACUAAAAGGUCAGUAUGACGGCGUAGUAGAGCAGCUGCAGCUGCCCAAUGUUGGGCACCAAGGCGGUCGACAGCGCUAGAGACGCAUUGCGGGCCUGGCAAAGUGGACCCACACAAAGUGCAGUGAGUGCAGAAUGAGCGCUGGCCAUCUGUCAUUCGAAAUAUAUAGGCGACCCUCACCAUCCAGACGCACUCCCACCAAACCAUCCCCUGUCUGUAUUUGCCCACGACGUAUCUGAAGGCCGCACUAAAGACCUCGUCGAAUCCUGAGAGCAAGGCGCAAAGCACACAUCAAUCAGCCGUAAAGGUGGUGCUGCCGACGCACCGCACCUUCCAGGUGUGCGGCCUUGUCUCUUCUCUUGAGAUCUGUGAGUUUCUGCAUGCGGAACGAUAUGGCAAUGGAGGCGAUGUAGGGGCAGAUGAUGUAGAGAAAGAUGCCAAUCCAGCUCAGCCACAUCUGAUCGCGCCACUCCUGACCUCUCGCCUGUUAGUAAGCAGAUUCACAUCGAAGACAUCAAUCAACGAGACACAGGGAGUGAGUGUGGGAGGCUUCCUUACGUACCGACUCCCAGUCGCAUAUGACGUAGGGAUGCGUUCUCACAGUGAAAUCACCCGAGGGAUGCUGCAAAGAGAGAGGAACAAGGUGCCACUUUAGUGCGCUCUCCCAAUUGCUGCCUGCGUGGCGCUGCUUUGUCCUCACCCGAAAGCAGUCAACGUGUGCCAUUGCGAUCGACACGAGAGCAACGUACAUGAAUGAGCUCACUUGCGUAGUCGUCGCUACGAUCUGCAUUCAUUGCCACAGGCAUACAGAUGAUAGCAGAGGGUGCGUCUCUGAACUGGCGUACUCUGAUGAGUCCCAGCCCGUGUGCAGUGUCGACAAAUUUCCUCCGAAACCAAUGCAGCCAGGCCUUGCGCCUCCCCCUCGCUUUGUCUGGAUUCAGGCAGUCCCAUUUCUUUCCAUAGAAGAGAAACCCCUGAGUGAGACGACCAACACGACCCGGUAUGUAUCGUGCCGCCCUGCUGGUCAUCGCCGCUUCCGUGGUGUCUGUCUGACCUCGAGGGUGAAGUGCAGUAUUGCCACGGCUGUGAUAAAGAUUAUGGGGAUCGAGAAGAGGUACCCAAUCUGGCGCGAGAAGGAGUCGAGGCCAAAGCAUGAGACGCCAAGAAUAGACGGAUCGACCAUCAGCAGCCUGGCGCAUCAAUCAAUUAGUCGGUCGAGGCAACGGGGAACAGACACCACACCGUCAGUCGCACAUGGACUGUGGUCUAUGAAUGUGUCUCUCUCGGAGCAAGGACUUACUUACCGAGGUAAGCUCAAGAGCGUGGAGACCUGCACGACGAUUCGCAGGUUGAAGCUGCUGAUGAUGCCGAUGUGUUGCAGGAAGGAGAGAAUGAUCAGGAACGCCUUGUUAGGGUCCAAGGCCGCGUCUCGCUCGGCCUGGCUGCUCAUGACGCUUCGCGACGAGACGCCUGACACGUUCUCUGACCUGCCCCUUCGCGGCGCCACAUACGAAGUCUUGGCGUAAAAGUACAUGGCGAUCGGCAUCAUGACGAGCAGACAAAGGAGGAAAAAGCCAAAAAUGCCACCGCUCAUAAAGCAUUUUGAGCACCGGCCGCCACUGCCCUGCACACAAGGACGAGAUCAUCCACCGACAUACACACGUGUGGACAUGUGUGUCCUCAGUAUGUGCGGCAGAUCGGCGCAUACGUACGCCUACAUACCCUAGUGUAUCCUUCUUCGCAUCUCCCGCACGCCAGUCCGACACGAUGCGCGCUGCAGCUGCGCGGCCCCCCACCGGGACAGCUGGAUCGAGGGUUGCACUCGUAUAUUGUCGGAAAAUCGUUGUUGUCACGAAUCCGAUACGACUCCAUGUAGUAGCCGGGCUUGGCGCGAGGAGGAUCGAAUCGGCCUGGGGUAACAAAGAGAAGAGACGAAGACAUGACAUGUCUCUCUCAAUCGAGCGACAUUCGUGCGCACUGCUCACCCACCUGGGCAUUUGUACAGGUUGUCAUUGCAGAGCUUGCACGUGCCCCGCGGGAGAGUGGCGUUGACGAGGUCGUUCGCGCGAAUCGUGCCGUUGAACCCAUUCGUAUAGAGACCUUGAGCGAAUAACAGUUUUGCAACGAGAAUACAAAGACCCUCCCCUCUGUGUGCGGUGUAGACAUAGGCGAUUUGAUGAGCGUCACCGACCUGUGAAGAAGUAUCCGCUUUUGCAGACGCACUGCUUGCGCGAAACGCUCCCCAAAGUAUCCGUCGUGCGCGUCUCGCUGCCUUUCGUACUGCAGGGCUGACAGCUCUGUUCGCCUUUCUGGUCGCUGUAGAAGCCCUUUGCGCACCUCUGGCACGUGGCUGACCCCUGUGCCUCCGAGAAGAAGCCCUCCUGGCAUAUCUGACACCCCGCAUCGGAGUUGCCGGGGUUGGCAAAUCCCGGCGGGCACAUCUCGCAUGAGGUCUGGCCCUCAAGCGGCUGACCAGUACCUGCGGGCAU